UGCUAGUUAAAUAUUUCAAUUAUUAUCGCAUAUAUUUCAGCAAUAAUGGAGUCGGUCAAUGGGAUAGUCAUCGAUGGCAAGAACGAAAUUGAUGACCUUGCUUUGGUUAUGCACAUUGCUAAUAAAGAGAAUGAACGACUGUCCGCAUUAGAAGCAUUGAAUCGGGAUAAGCCUCGUGUCUUUUACAGAGAUCUUGGCGAGGCCAGCAGCAGUUCUGAUUCUGACGAGUCGGUUGUAGACCUAUCUGAUAAUCGCAACUACUAUAACAUUGGUAAUUCCUAUCGUGACGCUGGAGAUGAUAAGGAAUAUAACCCGGUGGUAGAUCCUGAUUUCCCUGUGGACAACAUCAGGCUUGUUGAUACUGUGGAUCUUCCCAAAAGAGUUGAAGAUCAUUUUCCUAUUGCUUUAGUUGGUCGAUGUACAUCAAUUUUGGGUCGUAUCGUUGUGCUUCGGUGCACGGAUCCGAAUCGUGUAUUAGAUUUAGGCUCUAUUGUUUGUUUGGGUGACAGACGUAUUAUAGGCACUGUGAGUGACACUUUUGGCAGUACUGUUGAGCCAUUUCACAUGGUAAUUUGUUCGGAUUCUAGCAUGUUACGUCCGGACGACGAGAUAUACUACGACGUGAAGCACAGUACCUUGGUCUCUGACAUGCACGUGGUAGAAACUGCGUCUAGUGUAUGUAGUGACGGCAGCAGUGAUGACGACUGUAACCCUAAGGAGCCUGACCACAACCGUAAGGCCGUUAAGCUCAAGCAAUACUAUAGGGACCUUGAGGUUGAAUAGUUCAUUUGUGACUGGACCGCGCUAUUAAUGUAGUU